AUGGGACUCAUUCAGCGGAUUGUCCGAAAUGAAGCAGUUCAAUCCGAUCCACCGGAAAUCUACAAUGCCCGGGUGCUUUUGAUUAGUCUGGCGGCGUGUGGAGGUGCACUUCUUUUCGGCAUGGACAUGGGCAUUAUCGGUGGAGUUCUUACCAUGGAGACUUUCAAGAGGCAAUACGGCCUGACAGACAAGUCGGAAGCAGUCCUGGCAAACUUAUCGUCAAACAUUGUAUCAGUCAUCCAAGCUGGAGCAUUUGCUGGAGCUGUAUUCUCCACGUGGCUAGCCAAUAAGAUAGGUCGGAGACCAUCACUCAUUGUAGCCUCGGUACUCGUCUUCAUCGGUGUUGCAUUCCAAGCCGGCGCGAGCGGCUACAUAGAGUUACUAUAUGUAGGGCGUCUCAUUGCCGGCAUCGCCAUCGGCAUCGCCUCCACCGUCAACCCUCUCUACGUCUCCGAAAACGCACCUCGCGGCAUCCGCGGCCUCCUCACCGGCCUCUACCAACUCACCCUCGUCUCCGGCCUCACACUCGCCUUCUGGAUCAACUACGGCUCCCUCCAGCACCUCCACGGCCACACGCAAUACAUCCUUCCCCUCGCCCUGCAAGCCCUGCCCGCCCUCAUCCUCUUUGUGGGCAUGCUCCUCGCCAACGAAUCCCCGCGCCACCUCGCCCAGACGUCCCCCACCCGCGCCCUCCGGGUCCUCACCCAGCUGCGCGGCCUGCCCGCCGACCACCCGUACGUCCAGCACGAGCUCGCCAGCAUCGCCGCGCAGCUGGAAGAAGAGCGCGCGCUGGCCGCUGCUGGCGGCGGCGGCGCGACGGUGUUCGGCUUGCUGAAGGAGGCGGUGGCGGUGAGGAGCUAUCGGCGGCGCAGCGUGCUGUGCGUGGCGCUGAUGAUGUGGAGUAACUUGACGGGGACGAAUGCGAUGACGUACUAUUCGCCGACGAUAUUCGCGAGUGUCGGACUGCGGGGGGCGAGUGUGGGGUUGUUAGCGACGGGGGUGUAUGGGAUUGUGAAGGUGGUGGCGUGUGCGGUGUUUAUCGUGUUUGUGACGGAUACGUUGGGGAGGAGGAGGAGUUUGAUUUGGACGGGGGUUGUGCAGGGCCUCGCUCUCUUUUAUGUUGGCUUUUACAUCCGCUUCGAUCCGCCGGUGGCUGGAUCUCCUGUCAGUGCACCCGGAUACGUCGCUAUUGUUGCUAUAUACAUCUUUGCUGCUGUGUACCAAUUUGGCUGGGGAUCUGUUGUCUGGACUUACUGUUCGGAAAUUCCGGCUGCCCGCCUACGCGCCCUCAACAUGGGCAUGGCAACAGCAAGUCAAUGGUUGUUUAACUUUGUCGUAGCGAAGGCGACCCCCAGCAUGUUUGCUACACUUGGUAAGGGCGGCUUCGGCACGUACUUCUUUUAUGGCGGAUGCUGCUUUGUCAUGGUGGUUUAUGCAUUCUUCUUCGUACCUGAGACAAAGGGGCUGUCUUUAGAACUCAUGGAUGAGCUUUUCGAGCAAGAUUCCGUGCGGCGGAAAUUCUUGCCGAAGCGGAGGAUGAGUCAAAGCGGCAGGGAGCAAGAUAGAAAGGAGCCAAGGGAUAAAGGUGCCGUGGAGCAUAUUGAGACCGUUUGA